ACUUUCUCCGCUGAGAUCCAGCGGAGGAGCCCGACGAGGGCAGCAGGGAGGCCGGUCUCUUCACUGGACAGACUCGCAGAGACCCACUGACUUGGAAACAUGCCUCUGCGGCUGGACGUCAAGCGGAAGCUGACGGCUCGAUCGGACCGGGUGAAGAGUGCGGACUUGCACCCCACUCAGCCCUGGAUGGUGGUCAGCCUCUACAGCGGCAGUGUGGUGGUCUGGAACCAUGAGACACAGAUGAUGGUGAAAACCUUUGAGCUGUGUGAGCUGCCUGUCAGAGUGGCCAAGUUUGUAGCCAGGAAACACUGGGUGGUCGCUGGAGCAGACGACAUGCAGAUCCGUGUGUUCAAUUAUAACACUCUGGAGAGAGCUCACAUGUUUGAGGCUCACUCGGACUACAUCCGCUGUAUCGCUGUCCACCCUACACAGCCCUACAUCCUCACCAGCAGUGAUGACAUGUUGAUCAAGCUGUGGGACUGGGACAGAAAGUGGGCGUGUACUCAGGUGUUUGAGGGGCACACUCACUAUGUCAUGCAGAUUGUCAUCAACCCCAAGGACAAUAACCAGUUUGCCAGUGCUUCUCUGGACAGAACUAUUAAGGUUUGGCAACUGGGCUCCAAGACGCCUAACUUCACUCUGGAGGGCCAUGAGAAGGGAGUGAACUGUAUUGAUUACUACAGUGGAGGAGACAAGCCCUACCUCAUAUCAGGGGCUGAUGAUUGCCUCGUCAAGAUCUGGGAUUAUCAGAACAAAACUUGUGUCCAGACCCUGGAGGGUCACGCCCAGAAUGUGACGUGCGUUAGCUUCCACCCCAAGCUGCCAAUCAUCCUCACAGGCUCUGAGGAUGGCACUGUUCGAGUGUGGCACUCCAACACUUACCGACUAGAAAACACACUCAACUAUGGCAUGGAGAGGGUGUGGUGUAUAUGUGGGCAGCCUGGCUCCAACAGUGUGGCUUUGGGCUACGAUGAAGGCAGCAUCAUCAUCAAGCUGGGUCGGGAGGAGCCGGCCAUGUCAAUGGACUCCAGUGGGAAGGUCAUGUGGGCUCACCAUUCCGAAGUCCAGCAGGCCAACCUGAAAGCCAUGGGAGAGGCUGAGAUCAGGGAUGGAGAGAGGCUGCCGCUGGGUGUUAAAGACGUGGGCAGCUGUGAGAUCUACCCCCAGACCAUCCUGCACAGCCCCAACGGGAGGUUUGUUGUGAUGUGUGGCGAUGGGGAGUAUAUCAUCUACACCGCCAUGGCCCUGAGGAACAAGAGCUUUGGCUCGGCCCAAGAGUUUGUCUGGGCACAUGACUCCUCACAGUAUGCCAUAAGGGAAGGCAACAACUUGGUCAAAAUCUUCAAGAACUUUAAAGAGAAGAAGGCUUUUAAACCUGACUUUGGGGCUGAAGGUAUCUUUGGUGGCUUCUUACUGGGAGUGAGGUCAAACAGCGGCCUCGCCUUCUACGACUGGGAGAGUACUGAGCUAGUCCGCCGUGUCGAGAUCCAGCCCAAACAUAUCUUCUGGUCUGACUCUGGAGAGCUGGUGUGUAUCGCUACAGAUGAGUCUUUCUUUGUGCUACGCUAUCUGCCAGAGAAAGUGUCAGCGGCCCAGGAUUCCAAGCAAGAGAUGUCUGAAGAUGGCAUAGAGGACGCCUUUGAGGUGCUGGGGGAGGUCCCAGAGGUGGUGAAGACAGGAGUGUGGGUGGGAGACUGCUUCAUUUACACCAGCUCUGUUAACAGACUCAACUAUUAUGUUGGAGGAGAGAUCAUCACCAUUGCUCACAUGGACAGGACCAUGUAUCUGCUAGGAUAUAUCCCCAAGGAUGACCGUAUCUACCUUGGAGACAAGGAACUGAACGUCAUCAGCUACUCCCUGCUGCUUUCUGUGCUGGAAUACCAGACAGCUGUUAUGAGGAGGGACUUCAGCACAGCCGACAAGGUUCUACCCACAAUCCCCAAGGAGCAGAGGACCAGGGUAGCCCAUUUCUUGGAGAAACAAGGUUUCAGACAGCAGGCCCUGGCUGUGUCCAUAGACCCAGAGCACAAGUUUGAACUUGCACUGCUGCUGGGAGAGCUCAAGAUAGCCUAUCAACUGGCCUUGGAGGCAGAGUCGGAGCAGAAAUGGAAGCAACUGGCAGAGCUCGCUACAACAAAGUGCCAGUUUAGCCUAGCCCAGGAGUGUCUGCACCAAGCUCAGGAUUAUGGGGGAUUAUUGCUGCUGGCCACUGCCUCAGGCAACACGAACAUGGUGGGCAAACUGGCCGAGGGGGCAGAGAGGGAUGGGAAGACUAAUGUGGCCUUCCUCACCUACUUCAUGCAAGGAAGACGGGACAAAUGUCUGGACCUUCUCAUCAAAACAGAUCGGUUGCCAGAGGCUGCAUUCCUGGCAAGAACUUAUCUGCCCAGCCAUGUGUCAAGGGUGGUGAAGCUGUGGAAGGAGAGUCUGUCCAAGGUCAACCAGAAGGCAGCAGAUGCUCUGGCUGACCCCACCCAAUACAGCAACCUGUUCCCUGGCCUCCAGCAAGCCCUGCUGGCUGAGCAGUACCUGAAGGAGACGCAUGUCAGGGUCCGACCUGCUGCAGAAUACCCACUCAUCAUGCCAAAUGAGGACCGUAAUGUUCUGGAGGAAUCUGCAGAUUUUGUGUCCAGAGAAGAGCUCAAUGGGCCAGAGGAAGUGGUGGAAAGCAUGAAUGAAAACUUCACAGUAGCAGCAGCAACAGAACCUGUACCUCAAGAGGCAGCAGUAGUGGAGGUGCCCAUCCCACUAAAACAGGAGACGACUGAUCUUGUUUCAACAGCAGAAGAAGAAUCCAUUCCAACAGCAGCGUCCCCUCUUCCUGUCACCAUAACACUAGAGCAUGUUGAGCCAAAACAAGAAGAAGCUGCGUCCCCUGAGGGGGCUGCAUUUGAACCGGAGGUGGCAGCAAUAAAGGAAGACACCAUCACUAAAUUGGAGGAGGCUUCAGUCUCUGCAGAGGAAGACAUUUUGGAGGAGUCCGCCAUAGAGAUUACCGCCAAAGAGCCAGAGAUGCUACAGUCCAGACCUGUAGUGGAAGUCCAGUCUCCGAUUGAGGAGGAUGUUCAGGAAAUGUCUCCGGCGACUGAUUCCGUUCCUGCUGCCUGUGUUCCUGAAACAUGUCUUACUGAGACAACAAUGGAAACAAUCACGGCAACAGAAGAAGCACCAAGUGAGACAGUGGCAACAAAAACCAUUGCAACAGAGGAUGUCCUAGUUACCACUGCAUUAAAAAUUGAUACUGAUGUAAUAGCAUCAGAAUCUGUAGCAGCUGGGGAAAUGCCUGUUUAUGACCAGCUUGAAAAAGAUGUAAUCUCUUUAGAUGCACCCCCAAUCAUAGAUACAGCAGCAGCAGCAGUAGAAGAAACUCCUGUUACCACGGAACCUGUUUUGGACACAGCACCAUCAGCUGUAGCAGUGAAGGAGCUCAUCUCCUUCGAAAACACGGACAGCUCGCUGCCGGAUGUUCCUGUCCAAGUCAUGGCUAUUCCAGAGUUUGUCCUCGAUCCACUGCUAGGCCCACUUGAAGGCACAAUGCCUGUAUUAAAGCCAGACCCUGCAGAAGAACCAGAAGAAGGACAGUCCACAGCGCUCCCAGUAAAGCCUGAGGAUAAUCUGGAGCCUCCUGUGCCUCCACAGGCUGAGCCAGAGGUUUUAUCCCCGGUGGCAGCUCCCUCACAGGGGGACAUAGCAUUGGGGGGGGCAGAUCCUGAGGGAGCUGAAGAACCAGCGGAGGAGCUCGAGGCGGAAAUGAAUGAGGAGGUCCUGGAUGAUCUGGAUCUGGACAGUUUUGACUUGGAAGAUAUCGACACCAAAGAUGUCAACCUAGAUGAGGAUUUCUUGAGUGAAUAGGAGGAAAGCCAAACUCUCCAGUUUUUCAGCGACCAAACACAAGAGGGCUGUAUUCCAGGACCACGAUAAGCUGUCAACAUAGUAAAAUGCCUUUUAAUUCA